CCCAAGAGUCAAUGUUGUUUUUGCGUAGGAACUACGCGUCCUUAGCAGCUGUUGUUCAGGGGAUUCUUUUACAGGGACACAAACCCGGAGAAGAAUCUAUUGCAGAUGACUUCAUGAACCACCUACAGUGUUUUUCCUGAUAAUAAACAGCCAUUUAGGUUCUGCCAUGGCAGACCUCAGCCGAAAGUUUGUGUCAGAGUCUGAACUCGACGAGAAACGAAAAAAAAGGCAGGAAGAAUGGGAGAAAGUCCGCAAGCCGGAUGACCCAGAGGAGGCGCCAGAGGAAGAAUAUGACCCUCGAUCUCUGUUUGAAAGGCUACAAGAGCAGAAGGACAAAAAGCAGGAAGAAUAUGAGGAGCAGUUCAAAUUCAAGAACAUGGUUAAAGGCUUGGAUGAAGACGAAACCAGUUUUCUUGAUGAGGUGUCGCGGAAGCAGUCUCUAAUAGAGAAACACAGACGGGAGGAGGACGCUCAGGAGAUAAAAGAAUACAGAAGCGCUCUGCAGAAGCUGGCAGCCACCGAUAGCCAGAAGAAGGAGUCGGAGAAAAAAGCAGGACCCAAACCUUCAGAGCACAGGACCAGUCACCUGUCUCAAGCCCACCUGCUUGCUGGAGCAGUCAAACGACGCAGCUCAUCUCAGUCCUCAGAAGGGAGUAAAAAGCAGAAAACAGAGGAGAGCGUAACAGGCAACGGCAGUCAGACAGAGCAGACGAGGGAAGACCCCAAAUCCCCCGGCACUGGUGCGAACCGCUCCGGCGUCCUCCACCUGCCCUCGGCCGCCGUGUGUGUGGGGAUCCUCCCAGGGCUCGGCGCAUACUCGGGCAGCAGCGACUCAGAGUCCAGCAGCGACCUCGAAGGUAGCGUGGACGAGAUUGGCUCUUCCAUAAAGCGCCACAGGCUCUUCAGAUAAACACACACACACACACACAGAUCACACUCACUUACUCACUAUCUCUCCCUCACCUUCUGAGCGGCGCGGAGCACAAAUCAUUAGCUAAAGCCAUUUAGCCGUAGGUAUUAUUUCAGUUUGGAGUUAAGUCUGUGUUUGGUUAUUUGCUUGAUGUUUAUUAAAGGCUGUAAUGUUAACUUCUAUUGUGGUUGUUGAUGUCUUGUGCUCUCAAAACAUGACACUUCCCCCAUCCUCCUCCAUAUUACAUUCCAUACAGUUUAACCCCCCGGCAGCUUAACCUGGUGACGCACCUUCCCAUCUACCCUUGCGGUUUCUGCAGAGCUCUAGUGGUCAACGGGACACUGACUGACAGCUGCGGAUCAAGAAGACAUGAAACAUUUAGUCCGAAUCCAUCACAGGACAAAGCAGACAUGUUGAAAUGGCUUGGUUUGAAUUUUUGCGUUUCUUUCUUGUUUAUGUUUUUAAGACGAAAUGCUGCAAUGCUAAGAAUGCUGGAUUUUUCAUGAACUCUGCUCUUUAAGGGCACCAAACCUUGUGUUUGUUUGCUGGAAAAUAACCAGUGAUGACAGAAUGGACAAUAAAAGUGUUUCUCUUGUG